AUCUUCUUUACAGUUGAACAGUUUCUUCACUUGACUCGCCAAUUUCUUCAUAUGAUGUUUUUUCUUCUUUUACAUUCUUGUUCCUAAUUGAAGAAGCUGCAAAAUUCGUUGGAAAACAAAAGUCCAAGAAUCUGAGAAAAGCAUAUGAAAAUGAACUCCAUCAAAACAGAGCCAUUGAUUUGCUGGGAGCAGGGAUUCUAACCCCGAAAGUCUGGAGUUGAAGCAUUCAUUGGUCUCCUAGCUGAACUGAGUUACAUCUCAACAUUUAUUUUCAUUGGGAUGAGCGGUGAACGAACAAUGGUCGUCGCAGCUUCUGCUCCGGGGAAGGUGUUGAUGACCGGGGGUUACCUGAUAUUGGAGAGGCCAAAUUCAGGGCUUGUACUCAGUACCAAUGCUCGGUUUUAUGCAAUCGUGAAACCACUGUUUGAAGAACCGAAAUCCGAUAGCUGCGCAGGGGCGUGGACAGAUGUUAAAUUGACAUCACCUCAGCUGUCCAGAGAAGGCAUGUACAAACUAGACUUGGAGAAUCUUACUAUCCAAUGUGUUUCUUCGAGUGAAACCGGGAAUCCUUUUGUGGAAUAUGCAGUGCAAUAUUCUGUAGCUGCUGCUCAGGCAGCGUUUGAUAAGAAUAUGAAGGACUUACUUUUGCAAGGUCUUGGCAUCACAAUUUUGGGUUGUAAUGAUUUUUAUUCGUAUAGGAACCAGAUUGAAGAACUUGGGCUUCCUUUGACAACUGAAUCGUUGGCCAACUUUCCACCUUUUACCUCCAUAACCUUCAAUGUUGAGAAUGUCAAUGGAGGAAAUUGCAAGCCUGAAGUAGCUAAAACAGGUUUGGGCUCAUCUGCAGCAAUGACAACUGCUGUAGUUGCUUCUGUACUUCAUUACCUUGGAGUUGUAAAGCUUUCCUCGUCUAAAGAUUAUCAGGCAAGGAAGGAUACAGCAGAUCUUGACGUUGUGCACAAGAUAGCUCAAACUGCUCACUGUGUUGCACAGGGAAAAAUAGGCAGUGGAUUUGAUGUCUGUUCAGCAGUUUAUGGCAGUCAACGCUAUGUGCGGUUUUCACCAGAGUUGAUUUCUUCUGCCCAGGGUGCAGAAAGAGCAGUGCCUUUACCAGAGGUUAUCGCUGGCAUUCUAAAAGGAAAAUGGGACCAUGAGAAGACUGAAUUUUCUUUACCACCCUUAGUGACUCUAUUACUAGGCGAACCAGGAACAGGGGGAUCAUCCACUCCUUCAAUGGUAGGUGCUGUUAAGAAAUGGCAAAAGUCUGACCCUCAUAAAUCCCUUGAUACAUGGAGAAGGUUAUUGGACGCAAAUUCAGCUCUGGAAGGGCAAUUGAACUUGUUAACGAAAUUAUCAAAAGAGCAAUGGGAUGCAUAUAAAUGUGUUAAAAACAACUGCAGCAUGCUCACAUCAGAUAAGUGGAUAGAACAAGCUUUUGAACCCAACAAAGAGGCAGUUGUUAACGCACUGCUUGGAGCAAAAGACGCUAUGCUUCUGAUCAGAUCUCUUAUGCGCAAGAUGGGUGAGGCUGCAGGUGUUCCAAUUGAACCAGAAUCACAGACUCGACUUCUGGAUGCCACUAUGAAGUUGGAAGGAGUUAUGUUGGCUGGAGUUCCAGGAGCAGGAGGAUUUGAUGCAAUAUUUGCUGUUAUACUGGGAGAUUCAAGCAAAAAUGUGACUCAAGUAUGGAGUUCACUCAAUGUUCUUGCCUUGCUAGUUAGAGAAUAUCCUUGUGGGGUUUGUGUUGAAAGCGUUGACCCACGAACAAAUGCUGUCACAUCAACUGUAUCUUCAGUUCAUUCUCAGUAAGUUCACUUCCAUAAAGUAAACCUUGUAAAUCACCAAUAUCUAAGGUGGAGUCUCUGUUGUGGAUUAAGUGAAUUGAUUAGAAAAUCUGGAUGGCUAAUAAACUUUAUGUCUGUCCUUUGGAUGAUUGGCAUAAAUAAUUA